UUUCUGUUAACAACUUGCGCGCGGACACUGAGCGCACUGACCCGUCCCUCAACCCCUCCCAAUCCAUUUAUCACCGUGAUGUAAAUCAGUCUCUGGACUUGUUCCCUUUUUAACUACACGUUGUCUGAGGUCUAGAGCCAGGCUGCGAGCACGUGGACUGUAUUUAUGUGGGUGCGUUUUACUCCAAAGGCGAAUGGCGUCGGGUAAUGUGGCGUUAAGUGGUGGUCUACAAGUGUGAGGGGAGGGGAGACCUCUCGUCCGCGUCUCUGUAAUGGGGGAUCCCCCUCAGGAGCGGAGCAUCGUCUGUCUUGGUGACUUCACCUGGAACAGCGUGUCAGGACGUAGCGUUGGCCUGAAGCCCGUCCCUCUGCAAAGCCUCUCAGAGCUGGAGAGGGUUCAUCUCCAAGAAGUGGCCUUCAGGAGAUUGCUUCGGGAUCGCGACCUGGGCUGUCACAUCACCAUCCCUAAAUAUGGCCAUAAGUACAAGAAGUCACUUCGGCGGAAGUUGGAUUCAUUAUCUAAAGAGAAGAGUAAAGACAAAGAGACGAUGCCCCAGGUGUUUGGCAUACCGCUGUCGCAGGUCAUUUCCAAUGACCGCACACACAAGCAGCGACACGAUCCCCCGCGGGAGGAGCACAGUGACCCCACUGAAUUGAUGCUAUCCUUCCUCCACUUCAACUCCAGCUUCAAAAGGGGCAACAAGGAGCUCUCCAGCAGCAACUCGUCCCUCAGCUCCACUUCUGAGACGCCUAAUGAAUCACCUCUGCUCAACACGCCAGAGGCAGCCCCACGGACACGCAGGAGGGGUGGAGUAUCUGUGGAUUGCAUCACUGAUCUUGAUGAUAACCAGUCCCGGCUCUUGGAGGCCCUUCAGCUCUCUCUGCCAGAGGAGGCAGCUGGCAAGAGGAAGAAGUGCCACGACAAGAAGCUCAGCCUUAACCCUAUCUACAGGCAGGUGCCCAGGGUAGUGGAUCUCUGCUGCCAGCACCUGGAAAAAUACGGUCUGCAGACGGUUGGAAUUUUCCGUAUUGGGAGCUCCAAGAAGCGAGUUCGACAGCUUCGCAGGGAGUUUGACCAGGGAUGGGAGGUGCAUUUGGACAAGGAGCACAGUAUUCACGACGUAGCUGCACUGCUAAAAGAGUUCCUCAGAGGCAUGCCUGACCCACUGCUAACAAAAGAACUCUACACCGCCUUCAUCAACACAACAUUGCUGGAUUAUUCAGACCAAGAGAGCGCCAUCCAGCUCCUGAUAUUUCUGCUUCCUCCCUGUAACAGCGACACGCUGCAGCGCCUUCUCUGCUUGUUGUCCACAGUGGCUGCACAUGCUGAAGACAGCCUGGACAAUGAUGGACAGGAGAUGACAGGAAACAAGAUGACUCCACUCAAUUUAGCGACCAUCUUUGGACCCAACCUCUUGCACAAACAAAAAAACUCAGACAAAGAGUUUGCAAUUCAGAGUUUUGCCCGUGCAGAGGAAAGCUCAGCCAUCAUCAGCGUGGUCCAACGGCUGAUCACUUCAUAUGAAACGCUAUUUAUGGUCCCUGCAGACCUGCAGAAUGAGGUGCUGAUGAGCGUGCAAGAGACUGAUCCUGAUGUUGUGGAUUACUUGCUGCGGAGGAAGGCCUCUCAGUCCUCUGAGCCAGACCUUCUCAGAGGAGGAGAGUCCUUCCCCCUGACCGACAGAUGCUUAUCCAAUGACUCCAUCAAAGUAUCAAGCGGAGAGGUGUCUCCCUAUGACAACAACUCCCCUGUCCUGUCAGAGCGACUACUGUGUAAAUACCCAGAGGACGGCAGCCCGCCCUCAGACAGGAUCACCAGACUGUCUGGGUCGUAUAAACGCAGCAGCCAUUCUAAAGACGGGUCUGGCAGCACGUCUCCCACACUUUCUACAGAUAAAGAGGCCUCCGCUGAUCAUUUCUGGGACACCUGGCAUGAACUGUUCAACAAGGAGUUCACUGGCCACCGUAUCACUGGCUCCCUCGGAGACGUGUCGGAAUGUGAGUCAUAUGGAUCGUCGGAGGGGCUGAGCAGUCACCAAGGUAACAACAAGCUGCCCAUCAGACCAACACAAACCUCAUUGGGUGUGCUGGGAUUCAAGCCACACCUCCCGGUGACUCGCAGCAGCAGUGGUCCUCAUGACCAGAGAGGACAGAGACAGCCUCAAUCAUCAUUACAUCAGGGACUCGGCAGCCAAUCAGGAGCACUUAGCUCAGACAACUUAGCAGAAAGGACAGGACACCCUGCGUGUCCGUUACUAAAGGUCAGGACAGACGAUUUGUCUCCCCUUCACUACUCUGGACAGCUGAGGGAGACCCAUAUUUCUUACUCCACACCCUCCCUCUUUACGUAUCAGCCUGACCCCCAAACCUCACAGCAGCCCCAGCAAAGCCCCGCCCCCCAGACUGUAGAUACAGCAGAUGCCUCCGGGCCUGGACAAGAAAAGGACCCUGGUGCACCAAACUGGCAGACGGAGAGGUGGCAUAUAUGGAAUAUACUGUCAAAAGAAAACGCAGAUGCACUGCCUGAAACCCUGGUGUGAUGCACCCUUUCACUUUGUUGAACUGAAGACAACUUUAAAGAGAAAGGGGACGUUCUCCUGUCGCAUCACCAAAAUAUAAUUUUGUACAUUCUGUUUUUAAUGUGUCAUUCCCACAUGAAGAUUAUUUGCAACACAACCAUGAAAAGCUAUUGUAGUAUUUAGACUUGAAUGUCAUAAUUAGACUUGAAUGAUAUCUGCUAAUAUUGAAGGCAUGGAUGUUUUUUUUUUUUUUUAAAGAUAUUUCUUGGGGGGCAUUUUCACCUUUAAUUGAUAGGACAGACAAGUG